UUCCCCACCACACAUGCUCAAAAUGGUUGCCCAGGGAGCUUCUACAGUUUUCCAUGACAAGGGGGAAACAGGUGCACAGCUUUACAGUCGCCGGGCAGAUACUUUGAGGUGGCAGCUCCACCUCCUUCGCCUUAUUUACAGAGCGACCAUAUGCUAGAUCUAAAAGGAGCAACCAUUCAAAAAAUGAUCCUGCUGCUGGAGGGGAGUUGAGAGAGCAGCGGCUGAUGUGAACCGGAGCAAUGUGGCAGCUGCCGUGCAUAAAAGUGAUGGGGCUGAGGGGCUGCAGGGCUCAGCAUGAAGUCCAGCGGGGGUGCUGCAUCCGACCUGGAGGAGCUGGAGAGUGGCAGCAGCGAGAGCAGCUCCGGAAAAUCCCUGCCUUCUACCGGUGCCCAAGGCAAACGCAAGCGCAAGAACCCUCGGCUGAGUGGCCUGAGCAAGCAGAGGCAAGCUGCCAAUGCUCGGGAAAGGGACCGCACCCACAGUGUGAAUACAGCUUUCACUGCUCUCCGCACACUCAUCCCGACUGAGCCUGCAGAUCGUAAGCUCUCCAAGAUAGAGACCCUGCGCCUGGCCUCAAGCUACAUUUCACAUCUGGCUAACAUGCUGCUCUUACAGCAGCAACAGCAGCAACAACAACAACAGAGUGGGAGCCUAGUAGAGGAACCUAUACUGGUGAGGCAGCCCUGUCUUCAAUACCAGGCUAUCCUGCAGGGCGGCAACACUACAGCAACACCAAGACCGAUCUGCACCUUCUGUCUAAGCAACCAGAGGAAACUGCACAGAGAAAAGGAGAAACACUGGUCUCUUUAAAAGCUUUAUGGACAUUGAUUCAGCUGAGAACCUUGCACAAAUGCUGGACUGGUUAUAGUACAGUUGUAGGUUCUUCAAGUUAAAGUUCUACAAUCAUCAUGGAGGUCUCCUGCUGGUGCUCACUCAUGCCAGUAUUACUCCAGGCACUCAGGUAGCCCUUGACUGGUUGAUGCGACAGAGCUCAAGCAGUUUGUUCAUCCUUCCAAUGAAUUGUUGCAAACAUGCCAGCACAUCUGCUUUUGGAUCACAGAACUGCAAGACUUUUUUAUCUUGUUGUUGUUGUUGGGGUCAGGGUCAACUGUACCAUUCAGCAAAGUCAGGAAGCCACCAGAGGCAGUACAUUUGAAUGGUUCUGGAAGGACAAAAAUUACUGUAUUUUUUACCAGCAGGCAGAGGGAGAGAUGCAUAUGAAAUCUUCUGCCUUGUGUUCUAAAAUAACUUGGUUAGUUUUGGAGGCUUUGAGUACCAGGGUGGGUGGGUUCCAUACAUUGCUCUUUCUCAGAUGACAAGCGGUCCUUGGCCAGCCUUGGUUAGAAGUUUGUUUUCCAUGUUCUUUUGAACAAUAACUGGGUGUGCAGAAUUACUUGUAGCAAUUUAGGUACAAUUGGGCUAAGUGCUAAACCCAGAUAUUAUGUAUCUGCCUUAGUGCCUCUGAAUUUUCAGUUUGUUACCUCACACACAUAUCUGCACAUUGAUUGUCAUCCUAUGUGUACACAUUGGUCAGAGUCCUGUUGGGGCUUUCUGCUUGGGUAGUAGGACUACAUAUUUAAUUGCUUGCUUAAGGAGGUCUCUGAAAUUUCCUUAUGUAAUCCCCCCCCCAUGUUGCAUACAAAGUCAACAGGACUUCCAGCAUGUACUGUAGGUAUAGCUGUGCCAUAUCCUCACUGGGCUGAAUGCCUUAACUCCUUCCACAAUAUGGGAAUAUUAUGCUGGUAUAGCAUUGUGCUGAGCCAGCUCUCUGUAGAAUCUGGCCAUUGUAACACUAUACAACAUAUAUUAAUUUUAUCUUGUAUGUAUAAAAAGAUAAGGGUGUAGAUAUGGGUGAGAUUUUUAUUUUACAUUAUUUUUCAUCAGAGUUCAAUCUUCAAGAUUCUAAGAGAGAAGAAAACAAAACUGAAAUAUUUGUUCAUGUUCCAGAGGUGGGUAAGAACUGCAUUUCAUUUUUUAAAAUCAAUAUUUAGCAAAAUUUACAAAACGUAAAUGUGUUUAUGAUGGUGGAGAGGGGGAACUUGCACAUUUGCUCAUUCUUGGUUCGGUGGCAUCUGUUGCAAACUAGUUAUCUCUCUAGUCAUGGAAUCUGCAGUCCCAAGAUAGAACUACUCCAUCUUAAAGCAAACAUAUCCACCAUAAUCUCUGUUGUAAUGACUGAGAGCUUCUCAAAAGCAUGCUCUCUUGAUCAGAAAAAAGUAUCCAGAUGGAAAUUGUGCUCUAAAAUCUUUGAAUUCACUCUGGAGCUAUCACUAUGCUUUUAAGCUGCCUUCUAUAGAGCAUUCCCCUGUGGAAAAAGUAACAGAAAAGCUCAGUUCUUUUUUAUGUAAAUACACAUUGUGAAGAAUAUUGUAAAUUGAGUGCCCCACUUUACAAACUCGUUUUAACAGAUUUUGGUGUUCUCGUUGUAUGUUGCUUUUGAAUAUUGUUAUUCUAAAGCAGACCAGGGCUGGUUAAAAACAACGUUUAGGAAUAAAGUCAGGGCAUGACUAAUAAUAAAAGAGCAAAAAAUGCAGUGGUAUGGAUCCAGGAUAUAUCUUUGCUGACCAAAAGGAUUGCUUAAAGAAAGGGGCACCCAUCCAUUCUUUUUAUGCCCUGCACCCUCAUGCAUUGCAUCUCACCUAUUCAGCAGGGCACCUCAAACCUUGUCUGGAUGCAACUUUCUUCAGUAACUGGAUCCAUUUUUUCUUAGUAAAGUGUAUUCAUCAGGAAAGGUAGAUUCUGGCUCCAACCCAACAAAGAACUACUACUGACAGGACACAUACAAUGUAUUGGGUCCAGGAUAUGUGUUUGUAUGCAUCCCUCCCUCCAGUAACCUAAGCCUAAGUCUAGAUCCAACCCAUUGCAUUUUAUCAAAAUAUUUUAAAAUUACUUCCUGAUUAUUUUUAUGUCAAAUAAUGACUAUGUGUACUCCAGUAAAAAACAAAACAAAAACAAAUCCCUUUAUUAUAAUUUGAAUUAAUGUCUUUUGGGCUGAAAAGUAAUAAUCUUAACUGUGUAAAAGAGUCUAAUUUGUUUACAAAAAACUGUGAUUUCCCCUAAAAUAGAGUGUAUUUUUGUAAAACAGAUUAACAUUAAAGCAAUUGUUACAUUA